AUGAAAUCAGUUCUCAUCCUCGUGUCGGCCCUAGCAAUCACGCCUAUUCAUGGACAUGGAGGCAUCUUUAACUAUACCAUCGAUGGUGUAGAAUAUGCUGGUCACUACCCAUGGCUUCCCGAAGAAGGUCAAGUCUCUGUUCAGCGACGCUGGUUCCCAGACCCUCUCUAUAUUGAGAGACACCCCUAUAUGGCAUGUAACCGUGGCAACCCCUUAGCCAAGACUCUUCCAACACUUCAUGCGCCAAUCAAGGCAGGGGGCAAAGUUAUGGCGCAUUAUGAUACGCCGCCAUGUCCAACUCAGUACCCAGUACCUCUCCCGACUACACCUUCAGUGCCCGAAUGGUUGGACCCGCCACCUAUGAAAUGCAUGCCACCAGGCUAUUCUUGGCCGCACAACCAGGGGCCAUUAUUGGACUGCCAGGGGCCAUGCGGUGAGUGGGAUGGUCGCGGCAAGCGAUGGUUCAAGAUUUGGGAGGCCGGCUACAUCGCGACGGGCGUUCCAGGGGCGUCGGAUGAAGGCCAGAUUAAAAGCAUAAACGAAGGAGACCGCUGGUGGCACUCUCACCUAAUCCUAAACGGCGUAAAUAUUACGAUCCCCGCGGCGCUGAAACCGGGAAAUUACCUACUCCGUCACGAAAUCAUCAAUCUUAGGGGCGAUCGCAUACAGAUAUACCCUGAGUGCGCCCAGCUAGAGGUAUCCGGUGAGGGGAGUGCAGUGCCCAGCGAGGAGUAUCUCGUCGAUUUUCCGGGAGGAUACAAGGCCACCGAUCCGGGUAUUGAGAUCACGGGAAAGCUUCACCUACCUAUCGGACUUUCUACCUUCAACUACACUAUGCCUGGCCCUAAGCUUUGGGUGCCUGAGGAAUAA